UUAUGUUUUAUGCCAACUACUGAUGGACAGCGGAGAGAGGCCCCAUCUUCAUUCUCCUCACGCCAGUCCGGUCGAUCCAGCGUCCGUCUUAAACAUGACUAUGAAGGAAAUAAACCAGGUCAUCUCUGAGCUAAAAAAGGAAAACUUCAAUCUGAAACUUCGUGUAUUCUUCUGCGAGGACAGCCUCCAGCGGCAGAGUGGCGGACCUGCUGGGGAGGCCGACGUCCGCCGCACGAAUAUUGACCUGCAGGUGGAGGUAGAGAUGCUCAGAGAGCACGUUAAGAAGCUACAGAAGGCCUUGUCUGAAUCGCAAGAACAAACGCGACGUCAGACACCUGAAUCCAACGUGCGAAUUUCAAAACUGGAGAAGGAUGUACUGGGAGGGUACAAGAAAGAGCCGGAAGAAAAAUACGCAUUGGUUGAGCUCAGAAUGAUGGACCUGGAGACCGGCAAUCUGAACCUGGAAGCUCAAUUGCAAGAAAAAUCUCAAGUUAUACUGGCCUUGGAGAAGGAGCUGGAAAACGAGAAACUAAAAUGCGGCGCUAGACUCAAUGAAGUUCAAGCUGAGUUGGCUGAGUGUUUGUCCGAAAAAGAUUUUUUACUGUCCGAGAAAGAGGUCGUAGCGGAGGCGCAUGAAGACACCAUCAAGUCCCUGACAUGCAGGCUAAAGCAACACAAAUGUGUGUGUAUUGAAAAAACUGGCGGUGUGCAACAAGAGCAGCUGAAAGACAUUGAUGAGCUCCUGGAUACUAAAUGCGCUAAAUCGCCACCUGCGACACAAGAGAGGAAUAGUGAUUUUGGUGUACCCGGAACGUCGGUUCACCAGAUCAGGAUCCAGAUUCAGCCCUCCUCUUCAGCGUUCCAGGAGACCAUCGAUAGAAAGGAAGAUGGGGAAGGACAAGUGACAAGCAGCAGUCUGAGGUCUGAAGCUGAAAUCGUGGGAAAUCAAGUUGAAGAACAGAACAUGAGACCUCAGGAAAGAAGGCAGUCUGAGGUAAAGAAGGUCAAGGCAUUGGAGACGAGAGUGAAAGAGAUGCAACAGCAGGUUGAGGAAAGCAAUAACAAAUUAGAAGUGCUUGAAGAAAUGCUCCAAGAUCUAAAUGCCACUGUUUCUUACCAACCGACUCAACGACUGGAUCAGAUAUUCUCUGAUUCUAAAGCAACAGAGAGACAAGCCUCAGGGUCGUUCGACGAAGGCUAUGGAUCAGGCACGGAUCAGAACCUCUCGUCUGUUCGUUUGGACACAGUGAAGGAUCAAGAAACCAACUAUAGGAGAUUGAAGAUCAGGUUAAUGGCUUCUGAUCGUCUAAGAAAAGUUUUGGCAGAGAAGGCGUCUGAGGUUGAGACCCUGCAGAAUGAACGUGAACAUCUCCUGUGUGAUGAAUCCAAGCUGGCAGACGGUCAGAGACACGCACGCCAUGACCUCAUAUACCUUGACAAUGCUCUUGACUCAGCCAGGAGAGAGAUUGAAAGUUUAAUGAUGCAAAUGAAGCUGAUGGAGGAAUUGGACCGCAGGGAAAUGGUUCAGAAGUUUGUGGUGCCGCGGGAUUCCAAACUAAGAGUGUUUCCCGUCAAUACCUCAAGAACAGACUGUGGUAGUAGGACUCAGAAGGAAUCCCUAUCUUCUCAACUCUCCGGUGGAAUGAAAAAGAAGAUGAAGCAACAACCCGUUCAACAGAAGAGGAAGAUGAAAAUGCAAGACACCAGAACCGAACCUCUUGACAGUGUCAGUCGUCGUCCCAGAGCUAUAAACAUUAAUAACUUGGAGCAUGAAGAGGAUAGCUCGUCGCUCAGGAAUCCCUCCGAGCUGAACACAGAGACCCUGAGGUUGAGAAGUAACAGCCUUCAACGCAGCAACCUCAACACAAACCAGUACCACCACCCUUCACAUGGUUCCUCACGAUGGUCCACCAACCCUUCCAGGAGCCCCAGUCUCACGCAAGAGGAUAUCGGCCUUCAGCGAAUCGUAGCAGAGGUCAAAGGGUUGACCUACGGGAUUUCACGGGUUCUACGCGAAGCCCACGAUGGAGGAAGUCCCGGGAACUCACGGUCAAGUGAUCCUUACUCUGAGAACGUGAAGCUGAACAAAAUAAUCAAGACCUUAAAAAUUGAGAAGUCAAGCAACAAGACGAUCGUUUUUGAGGCUGUUAAACGACUUCAGAGGGUCAACCAACGAAAACUGGAACGGCUUUGUGAUUAGUUAAUAAAAU